AUGCGGAGUGUCUGGGAUUGUUCCGAGAAAGAGCUCAUAUGUGCUGCUGCAGAGGGCCGCAUUUCAGACGUCAAAGCAAUCCUGCGGCGCGUGCAGAACCCCAACGUGUGGGACGAGCAUGGGGAGUCACCUCUUGGAUGCGCAGUUCGCGGUGGCCAUACUGAGGUGGUGCGUUUACUGCUGAACGCCCGGGCUCGAACGGAGCGGAAGGCGACAAAACAAGUCCCGAUGUUGCACGUGGCAUGCGAGAGGGGAGACCUGGAAAUUGUAUGUAUGCUCCUGGCGUAUCGUGCAGACAAGAAUUCCAAAGACAGACUCGGCACAACUGCGUUGAUUCGUGCAAGUGCGGCCGACCAGUUGGACAUUGUUCACGUGCUGGUGUAUGCAAGGGCUGACACCAACAAGACUGACAAAUUCAACGGGACGGCCCUGAAGUAUGCCGCCUCUGAGGGCCACACUGAGAUCGUGCGAGCGCUGUUGACAGCAAAGGCCGACCUGAGCGUAGCGGACUGGUUGGGCAUGACAGCUGUCCGCUGGGCGUCUUGCCGAGGCCAAGCAGACACCAAGCAGCUGCUCAUGGAUGCUGGAGCUGACGAAAGCGGCUACACUCCUACACCCUUUGUUUGCCUCCUGUUUUUGGGUUGGUCCAUUGCAUUGGCAGGGGCUGGCAUAUGUCUGAAGCGGUUUCUACAAUCAUAUGUCUUUGUUCCGACCGCAGCAGAUCCGGCGCUUGACGAGACAUGCCCGGGCUAA